AUGCCUUGCCAUAUGAAUUUCGACACAAUUGGGCCAAUAAAACUCGCAUAUAAUCGGGACGAACACUUUACGGAAAGAAACGCUUUUGUGGUCGGUUGGGGAACAAAUGGUAUGACUAGCCAAGAUUCGACAAAACUCAAGUACACCACAUUGCCGAUUAUAAACACCAAUGUGUGCCAGCAAUACUGGUAUGUCGACGAACGGCACGUUUGUACGGCCGCAGGACUGGGGCGAGACUCUUGUCAGGGCGACAGUGGACCUCUCAUUGUAGUAGAUGAAAAUGGCAUAGACGGUCAAGUGGGCAUUGUGAGUUACGGAAACGUACGUUGCCCUAGCGACGCACCUGGAGUCUUUACAAGGAUUUCUGAAUACAAGCACUGGAUUGACCAGGUGGUAUCUCGCUGA